CUCAUCCUCUGGGCUGCUUUCAUCUUCCUACUCAGCAUCAACUUCCUCACCCUCUCCAAGGAGCGACUGCCCUCCAAGUCAGCGUACAUUGGCUGGCAGGCGCUGACCAACAUCGGCUCAACUCAUCAAAAUCCAGGUGGUGCGCCAGGCAAUGAGGAGCAAGCAGCAGCCACUUCUCAAGGCGGGGCUGGUCCCGGCUUCCCUAUGGACGUCUAUGCUCCGCUCGUCCCGAAUCCUGCGCCUCUCACAGAGAUCACAGUCCGCAGCUGUGUCCCCAUCGCCGUCUCGCUGUGUCAUCCGCCGACAACAGCAGCUGAAGACGCCCGCCUCGGCCCUUGGGUCCUCGUGCCCCGCCCACUCGAUGCGCAAGCCAUGUCCUCAUCCACCAUCGGCGGGGGCGGCGGCCUUGGCGGUGCCUUUGCCAAAAUAUUCGGAGCAUUGGAGACCAAGUUUCUCUUCUAUCGCCGAAGCUCUCGAGAGGAUACGCAGAAAGUCGUGGAUCUCAGGCUGGUCGAGACGGGGCAGGACCCGCCGACUACGAGCGAGGAUGGGUGGCAUCGCGUGCACGAUGAUUUGAGGUCGAGGUACAUGCGGAUCUGGGGUGGCAGUAGUAAGAUGGGCAUUCAUUUGUAUUACAGGACUGUGGAGGUCAAGACCAACGAAGAAGUCGCGACAAAGAGCAAGGGCAAGGUCCCACUGGCCGAGUCACUCGACCCCAUCACAGAGCUCGACAUCAUGUACGGGGACGGCAACUUCCCUUGGCCGGGCUUUGACAUCGUUGGCCAAAUAGCCCUGGGCGACCACUCCGCCGGCAGAUCCUCUACAUCUCUCACUGCUCGGCGCAAGCCCAUCCCGAACCCACACAUAGACGUUCGGCCCAAAUUCACCAGCAACGGCACCUUCAAGAUCCUCCAGAUUGCUGACCUUCACUUCUCCGUCGACGAGGAACCCUGUCGUGAUUUGCGCGAGGUGGGGUCGGCGGCGCUCAAGAGCAAGUCGUCGUCAUCGUUGCGCUUUGGCCGUCGAGCCCCCACGCUUCCCUGCCAUAGCUACAAUGAUACGGUCGCGCUGCUCAACGCCUGGCUGGACGCCGAAAAACCGGACAUGGUAGUCCUGACAGGAGAUCAGCUGAAUGGCCAAUCCACAAGCUGGGACGCCAAGUCCGUCCUUCCCAAGACCCUCAAGCCCAUCAUAGACCGUAAGAUACCCUGGGCUGGUAUCUUGGGCAAUCACGAUUCGCAGACCACCUCCGUCUCUCGUACCGACCUGGUUGGCCUGAUGAGCGAGAUGCCGUACAGCUUGACGAGGGUUGGGCCCCUAGCAUUGCAUGACGGGGUGGGAGCUGGGAAUUACUACGUGAGACUGGAGAGUCCGACACCGGACAAAGCAAAUGUGUUCAAUCUAUAUUUCUUAGACUCGGGGGAUCAGGAACCCAAGGGCAUGCUAGCGCCGUGGGGGAAGGCGAGAGGCCAUUACGACUCGAUCCGACAGGAUCAGAUCAUCUGGUUCCUCGAGCAGUCCGGCCAGACCAAGAAACUACUUCGCCCUUACGUGCCAGACGGCGGAGUCGACCUCCCAAAGCAGGACUGGCAUCACCGAGCCGAUCACGAGUGGGACGCCUCUUCCUCUUCGCGCAGUCUCUCGAAGCCCAACGCUUUAGCCUUCACUCAUAUACCGCUCCCUGAAUUCUUCGAUGUGGACUCUACUACGCCGCAUUUUGGCCCUGACAGGGCAGAGACGUCCGGCGUCAUCGGCUCGCAGAGGGAACGUGGCUUCUUUGAUGCAUUGAUGGCGCAAGGCGAAGGGGAGCGCGAAGUACGAGCGGUGAUUUCGGGCCAUAUGCAUAACAAUGGGGACUGUGAGGAGAUCAAGCGUGGUGGGCACAAGGUGGGGAGGGGGACGUGGAUGUGUUUUGGGGGUGGGGCGUCGUACGCCGCCUACGGGAUGCAGGGGAGACCACGCAUGGCGCGCGUGUAUCAGAUUGAUGCCUUUGGAGAGCGGGGAUCGAGUUGGACACGCCUC